CAAGGAACUGCCGCUGGUUACCGCUCCAGGCUGAGGUGAUACCACUACCUGAUCGUGCGCUCGAACUGAUACUCCUCUCUCCCCGUCACAUAGUCAGUAGACUCUCCCUGACUUCUCGUGGAUUAUUGACCCUCGUGACUAGGCUCGCGACGCAGUUAUUAGGCGGUAUGGCAGUUUGCCCGACCGAGAUGCGGUGAGUUCGGCAGCUUCGAACGGGGAUUCAAACGAAAUUCUCAGUGUUCCACCUCCGAUGUCAUGCCAUGCGUACUGACGACGAAGGGAGGAGGAUUUGUAGAAGCGAGCCUUUCUAACGUGUGUACAAUCAUUUUAGUCUUCAGUGAGUCGAGCUGACUCGGAAUAAAAUCCUUUCUCGACAGCUCUUGGCACAGAGAAGCGGGACUGACCAAAGUGUUCGUAUUCAUUCUAAUAUGUUGUGAAAAUACGUCAUGACUCUCGCUGGAAAAAAAACAAAUAAAACAUCAGAUAAUGCUUAUAAGAUAUACUAAGGAAAGCCAUGGACCCAGAAGCUAAUAGAUACGUGGAUCUAAGUCCAUACUGGGAGGUAGAAGAUGAGGAGUAUGAUUAUUGCGACUGUCCUGGCCCUCCUCCCCCUCCUCAGUUUGUGAUUCCUCCUCCACCACCACCUCCUUCUCUUCAGUUAUGCCGUGGAGAACAUUCAGACUUGCAGUAUUGCGAAGCGAAAGCUCUGGGGGCCGAGUACACCCACCCACACUUUCAUUCUCUCCCAGUCAUCGCCGUAGUAUCUUCAGUGGUGCUGGUUGCCAUUCUGGUUGCAUCUUUUCUUUUAUGGAAGCACAAGAAGAAGGUCCAGAACUUUCUUCCAUGCAAAAGUGACCACCAGAAUACUUGUGACAUCGGUAGUUCAAACGGAGUUACCUAUGAUGACGUGUUAAUCAACCACCACCCUACAAGACUACCCAAUCACCAUGGAAACGACACUCAAACGCUUACUCCCAUUGAGCUGUUAGACAUUAAGUUUGGGAGAUAUGGAGAUCAACAUAUGGCACCUGUGAGUCACACGAACUUCUCCUUCACGGGUAAAGAAGCUGGCAGCUUACGGUCCAAUAAGAGCAAGGAGCAGUUUAAUCCCGUCUAUGAAGAAGUUUCGGGGAAUUCAGAUGGCAAGGGCGGAAGUCGAAGCUGUGACUCGGACAUUGAUGAUAGUGAAGUGGAAGCACGUACUGUGGCUAGUGAAGAUGAGUUUGCUGAGGAUGAGUUGAGUUUGGGAGAAUAUCCCCACCAGCCUAGUCGUCCCUGUUCGGGAACUAGUAGUCUUCUAGGCUCUACAGGAGGAGAUCUUUGCCCUGAUGUGGGUUCUGCAUCAAGCGAUGGGGCAGGAAGCACCGAAAAUAAAGAACUCCAACGACUCUUCCGGCGGAAUCGGCAUGAUGGUUCUUCGGGACGAAAGCAUAGUUCUCAUUCUUUGGAGCGAAACAAGAAUGGACAUCCUAGUGAGGGAUUUGAGGCAAAACAGAAUUACUACAAAGGAAAAAAUAUGUUGGGACCAGACUUAGCUUACCCUGAUACCAAACGUGACAGCGGAACGGGUAUAGGCCUAACUCCUCGUCAGUUUGUUGGCCAUCAUAAUCCAUCUAGACAGUGUCUGCCCUGGAAGAACAUCACAUUUCCUCGUGGAACUACUAACCAAGGAGAAGGAAGAAUUCCUGGGCUGUACUUUACUGGGGCAGGGUCACCUGCUCAAAUAAGACCCCAAUCUCCACCACCUCCUCCAUAUCCGACUGAGUUAGGGACCGAAUCCCUGCCAUCCGUCUACAACCCUCAUACAGCACUACCAGCGACAACAACGAGACCUGGUCGUCUACCAGAAAACUUGCUGUCAGAACUAAACGAAAGAACGUGUAAAGCAAAACAGCCCGUGAACCACUCGGAAGUUCACAGUCACAGCGGUCACGUAUUUACAGUUGGCCCCGAAGACGCCUACCCCUUAGCAGAUGGGUAUGGGAACCAAGGGGCUACUGUUCCCUUAGAAUUUCGCACUUUCCAUCCAUCAAGCAGAAAGAGGCCCCCCACUCCUCCAAUUCGUGGAAAUGUUUACUCUUCUGUAGAGGAUGAAGGACUGUUUACAAUAGAUGGAAGUAGACAUCGUGGCAAUCCAACUAGUCGUGUGCCGAGCGAUCCUCGUCAAAGCUUCGCUAAGACUGACAAACGAACUGUGCCAAAAAACUCGAGCAAGUGUCAUAACAUUCCAGUAUCUCAAAAUGUAGAUGAAAAUGGACCUUAUGGUGAUAUUCAACCCGUGUUUGAUUCCAGGACCUUGUGUACGUGACGCAUGCCAGAAGAGUGACCAGUGUGACGUACACAGCAAGACUGAUAUCAACCUUGUGUGAUGUAGCGCUAAUGUUAUAGUUGUGAUUCUUGUCAUAAUAAUUUUUUUGAACAGGAAAUUCGCUUUCUGUAUACAGUUACCGGUACCCGUGUUCUUCAGUGACUCCCAGAAACUACCAUCGCUAUGGUUUGCAGAUAUAAACUGAACUAGUAUAAAGUGCAGUAGAAGAAAUCGAUCAAUGUCCCCUCUCACGUUCAGUACACUUGCCCAUCUGAUGGGGGGGGGGAGAACAUAAAAACAAAAUCUGUUACUGAACUGAAUGCUUUCAUGUAAGCAGAAAUCUCCCGACACUAUCAAGUUGCUUUUUCCGUAUAUCAUGCAACGUUUGCGUAGUCAGCACUGUGAUAAAUAAUUUCAUUGUAUGCUUAUGCCCAGAAGCAAGACAUCUUUGUUGUCUUUAGGACGGGUGCUGUAGUAGGAACGCUGGUGUACAGAUAAAUUUGGUUGUUGUAUAUGAUGUUACAUGUAUUUAAUAAGAUUCCUCCUUAAACGCUAGUUGCGAAGUAAGAUAACCUUACAAGCUAUUGUAUUUUUUUACAGAAACUGAUGCUCAAUUUUUGAAGUAGAAUUUUGAUCACUACACUAGUAUGUGGUGUGGAAAAAAUUGGUUAACAUCUGAAAUAAAUCAAUAUCAAUAGCUUUACCGGAGAUAAUAUACAAGAUUAAAAUCUGUAGUCAGCUGAAUUACUUAUAUUAUUUUAACGAGAACUUUGUGCAAACAUUAAUCAACUUGUGUAUAGAACUAUUGUGAAUAUUCUUCUGUUAUUACUAAAUAGAUAAAUGUUAAUAUAGGUUAUUAAAAUGAAAUAAUUAAGCAUUUUAUUUUCAGCGGGAGAUUCUUUCAGUUAAUAAUAUUAAAAUUUUAAACUUUCACUUAAAAUGAAUUUAAAUAAUGUUGUAACGAUUGUUUUCAUCCAGUUAAGUAUUUAGUUGAAUAUAGUUGUCUUUAAAAACUAAUGUACCUUCUAUUUUACUAAGACGUUCUUAAGGCCUAAGAAACUUGAUUUAAAAUUUCCUUCAUAAAAUGCAACUGAGAAUGAACAAAUCACUAACGUUGAUUUUGUAUAAUAUUUAUGAAAUAAUGAAAACAGCAGCUUAUUGUUUAAUUGGCAUGGUAUGUUCCUACGUCGGAAAAGGAGUCUGAUUGUUUUGGUUUAAAUAGUGACACGCAGUGGAUACUGGGUAGACUUGGAUUUAUUCAAGCAUCCGUUGAGAGUGGGUUCAUGAUCUACAUAUCACUGUUUACUCCAUAUUACCACGCUGGAAAAAAUAACAACAAUAAAUUUAGAAAACUGUAAUGUAUUUGAAAUGUGGCGUGUCUUUGUAAAUAAAAGUUCCUUAAAACUGUAUGUAUGUGAAAUUCUAAUAUUAUUAAACAUAAACUCAACUGGCAUCAAACCAAGUAGUAAUGUCGGCUAUAAUAAAUGCAUUGCAAUUUAGGCUACAUUAUCUAAUUUGGUGAAUAAACUUGUCCAGUGGAUUUUUCUUGAAGCUUUUAAACUUGUUCGUCUUAUUUCUUAUGCUUACUUGGGGAUCAUCAUUAUUU